AUGGAUGUUGAUAAACCACACAAGGCACAUCGCGUCUCUAAAAAGAAGAAAGAAAAAAAGAGUGGCGAAAAGCAUGCCAAGGGUCACAAUGAUAAAGCUUUUGCUGUGAAGUCUGGUCGCCGGGCUGAGAAACAAGCAAGGCGGAAUGCCGAAAAAGAUCAAACGAGGCUUCACGUUCCUCUUGUCAAUAGAACACCUGAAGAUGAACCCCCUCCCGUGAUAGUUGCUGUGGUUGGGCCGCCAGGCGUAUGUGUCAUCCAUGGCAGAGUGGCCGUCGCUCACGGUCCCAUCACAGUCGUAGCGGGCAAGAAAAAGAGGCUCACCAUCGUCGAAUGUAACAACGACCUCAAUUCCUUGAUAGAUAUAGGGAAAAUUGCCGACUUGGAGACAUUCGAAUUCCUAAAUAUCCUCCAAGCGCACGGGUUUCCCAAGAUCAUUGGAGUCCUCACACACCUCGAUCUUAUAAAAAAGAUAUCCAUCCAACGAGCUACCAAAAAAGCCCUGAAAAAAAGGUUCUGGACAGAAAUCUAUCAGGGAGCAAAGCUAUUCUACUUGUCUGGUGUCCUCAAUGGUCGCUAUCCGGACACGGAGAUACAAAAUCUCACCCGGUUUAUAUCAGUUAUGAAAUUCCGUCCUUUAAUCUUUCGCAAUUCCCAUCCUUAUCUCUUGGCGGAUCGACUACAAGAUCUCACACCAGUGGAGCAAACCCGUUUACAUCCAACAUGUGACAGGAAGGUCACGCUGUAUGGAUAUCUUCGAGGUACCAACCUGAAAGCGGCGACAAAAGUGCAUGUACCUGGGGCGGGUGAUUUGGAUAUCAAAUCGAUAACAAUGCUCGGAGAUCCUUGCCCCCUUCCUACCGCUGAUAGUGAAAAGCGCAGGAGACUAGCUGAGAAGCACAAGCUGAUACACGCACCUAUGAGCGAUGUUGGAGGGAUCUUGUAUGACAAAGACGCUGUAUACAUCACGGUACCGGGCAAUUUCACCCGACGAGAGCCAGGUCAAGAAGCAGAAGGCGAAGGCGAACGGAUGGUACUAGAUCUUCAGGAUGCACCUACAACCCUUGCAGACUCUGUAUCGCAAAGUCACAUCCGCCUACUUGGUACAUCUUCAAAUCCACUAGUGAUCGCCAGGAACGAGGAAGCAAGUGAUAGCGAUGAAGAAUCAGAGGGUUCUCUAGUUUCGACUUCUGAUGGCGACGACGAAGAAACAGAUCAAUCGGAUUUAGAAGAGCUUGAAAAUGAAACAAAGUCCUUUGUGGGCGACGGAAGUGGACGGUCGGUUCGUCGCAUACCGCUCCGGUCUAUGCACUCUGCCCCAUCCAGAUCACCGGAAGAAGAAAUUGAAUACGCAGACAGUGAUUCAGAACUAGGUGAAAUUGUUGGAGAUCAUCGCCAGGAGGAACAAGCGCCACAUCUAAUGUCGGAUUCGGAAGAUGAGGUUUCAGAGGAAGGCCCACGAUGGAAGGAGGUGAUGGACUCUAAUCUAGAGCGUGUAACGUCACUGAAGCCUAGGCGAAGAGACUGGACAAAGUUAAUUUAUUCCAGCGAUCUUACACCUGAACAAAUCGCGGAAGGAAAAGACCUAUUCGAUGGCCGGCAGAAGGACGAUAGGGACCACCCACCAUCAGAUGAAGAAGAUGAUUUUCUUACAUUCAAGAAUAAUGAACAUCGUGUCACGCAAGACGCGGUUGAUCAAACCAUGGAAUCGUUGGAACGUCUACCAGAUCAUCAAUGGAACGAUGAUACCUUCCUCGAUUCUUUCCGACACCUUUUCAUUACGGGAAAGGAACAAAAUGACGACCCUGAAACGGUAGAGGACUCUGCAAAUGGAGAUUUUGAAGAUCUAGAAGAGGAGAACGGGUUGAAAUCCUCUACAGCAGAAGUAGUUGACGAUGACGAUGAUGCAGCUCAACGAAACCUAGCUGCAAAAAAGGAAGCUCUGAAGCGUAAAUUCGACGAACAAUAUGAUGAUCCAGAAACUGCAAAGCUAUCUUUCUACGAUGAAAGGAAGGAAGAAAUGGCUCGUCAGAUGCGCCUGAACAGAGAAGAAUUCGAAGGGGUUAGCCAAGAGACCAGGGCCCUGGUAGAAGGUUAUAGACCGGGAUCGUAUGUCAGAAUUGAGCUGAACGGUGUUCCGUGCGAGUUUGUCCAGCACUUUGACCCGUCUUACCCGAUCAUCGUCGGAGGUCUAUUACCCGCUGAAGAACGAUUCGGGAUAAUACAAGUUCGUAUCAAGCGCCAUCGUUGGUUUACCAAAACUUUGAAGACCAAUGACCCGCUGAUCUUUUCGCUCGGUUGGCGGCGGUUCCAGACCAUUCCGAUCUAUAGCCUGGACGAUCAUUCAAUAAGAAUGAGGAUGCUAAAGUACACACCAGAGCAUAUGCACUGUUAUGCCUCUUUCUACGGGCCGGUUUCUUUGCCCAAUACCGGAUUCUGCACCUUCAACUCUCUUGCAGAUUCUAGUCCUGGGUUUCGCGUCUCUGCUACUGGGGUCGUAUUGGAUAUUGACCGUUCUACAAAAAUUGUCAAGAAGUUGAAGCUUACAGGAGUACCCUAUAAGAUUUACAAAAAUACUGCGUUCAUCAAAGACAUGUUCAAUUCCUCUCUAGAGGUGGCAAAAUUCGAAGGUGCCAAUAUUAAGACGGUAUCCGGCAUCAGAGGUCAGAUCAAGAAGGCAUUGUCCAAACCAGAUGGGGCUUUCAGGGCCACAUUUGAGGACAAGAUCCUGAUGAGCGGUGCGUUCACUUUUCAUAUCUUCAUAUUUACUCAACGUUAA